AUGGACGAUCACGACGAAUUACUUGCGAGAUUUCGGAACGUUGUUCCCAUAGAUGAGAGCAAAGCUCUUUUCUACCUCGAAGCCAAUAAUUGGGAUCUCCAAACUGCGCUGAGUAACUUUUAUGAAGAAGGAGCGGGCGAGCAAGACUUGGAAGAGGAAAUGUUUGAAAGUGAACCGUCAAUUAUGCCGGGGAAUUUCCCGUCCUCUUCUGCAGUUGCGUCUUCUUCCUCUGCAGUAGCGGCUUCUUCUUCGUCUUCGGGACAAAAGAUUGGGAAAGGCACAAGCACAGAACGGCGUGUGGCUACACUGCGUGACUUUACUGGCCAUUCAGCUGAGGAAGAGGCUGAAGACGACGAGGAGCACGAGAACUUAUUUGCUGGUGGCGAGAAGUCUGGUAUAUUCACGCAAAAUCCAAGUGUAAAGGCAAGUUCAUUGGUCGGAGACAUUCUCCGGAAGGCUGCGGAAGGUGGGCGCGCCGCUGCUGAAGAUGAUGUUGCUAAACCAACAAAGCCAAGUUAUUUUGGUGGAACCGGAUACCGACUUGGAAGCGAAGAUGAACCAUCUGUUGUAAUUCCGAGUAGCGCAGGCUCGGGUUCGCAUGAACCCGAAGAACUUCAACCUGUUGUGCGGCAUCUGACUUUUUGGAGAAACGGAUUCAGUAUUGAAGACGGACCACUAAUGGCUUACGAUGAUCCGGCAAAUAAAGAGUUUUUACAAGCAAUUAAUAGCGGUCGGGCGCCUUUACAACUCCUAAAUGUCAAAACAGGACAGCCAGUAGACAUGCGAGUGGCGCGACGACUAGAUGAGGAUUAUAAGCCUCCACCCAAGAAACCAUCCGCGCCUUUUUCAGGAAGUGGUCAACGGUUAGGAAGUCUUGUGACCGCUGUGGCUACCAGUAGUUCUGCUUCAUCAUCUGCUUCAUCCGCGUCCCCGACACAGCGACCAACCGAGUUUCAGGUCGACGAAUCGUUACCAACAACAUCUAUUCAGGUUAGACUUGGAGACGGAACCAGGAUGGUCGCCAGAUUUAAUCAUACGCAUACUAUUGGCGAUAUCCGAAAUUUUAUUAAUGCGUCUCGAGCGGGUGAAGCAAGCCGUGAUUACACUCUUCAAACAACAUUCCCCACAAAAGAGCUUACAGAUGAAUCGCAGACUUUGACUGAUGCAUCGCUUCUUAACUCUGUCGUUGUUCAGCGAUAUAUUUAG